AUGCGUCGAGUCGAUCAAGUUGGACCACCUGAAUGGCAUCGACCGAUUGGUUUUGUCGAGAACACAAAUGUGCUGCGCGAUGAAUCGCAUCGAGAGGAUGACAGAAGUGGGAGGCACAUUAACACAUGGGCAGUUGGGACUAAUAUUGAUUGCAAACCUGUCAGAGAUUUUACCAUGUCUUAG